AUGGCUUACAACGUCUCAACAAAUGAGUAUCUUAAGCUUUUGCAUGAACUUGGAGGCUAUCAUGUUCCUAAAAAUAUUCUCGAUUCCUUGUCGGGAUACACAAAGUCUAUAUAUCGAUCAGAAAUUGAAAACAGUUUUAGCGCACCUAUGUUAUUGAUUGGUCUGUACAUCGCGUUUGCAUCUCUCGUUUGCAUCCUUGCCAUGGCGGCUGAUUUAGUACAUGGUCUUCAUAGCAGAAAGCUAUGGUUUCCGUGCAAGUAUUUUAAAAUUAACUCUUUUUAUCUUACCGUGAUAGCGGUUGCAAUGAAGUUACCAGUGGAUCUAACUGGUUCGAUGCCUGGUGUUGUGGACCAAAUGGCAAAGGUUGGAAGCAUGGCCUUUAUGUGUACCGUAAUGGCUAAUUUACUCCCUUGUUUAGCAACCAUGGAUGACAAUGACCUUUAUUCAAACAUGGCAGCUUUGAGUGUUUUUGUCAUCACCAUGGUUGUGAAUGUUUUCAUUCAGAUAAAAACGGGUGUUGUGUCCGCAUCAACCUAUAAUAAAGAUCCCCGUAUUACUGCCCUUGUUUCAUCUAAACAUGAUGUUGUAGCACUCCCUAAAAUCUAUACCAUGUUACCAACCAUUUAUGUGGCGUUGUUACUCGUGUUGUUGAUUCUAUAUGCAUCUUCAUUUUUCGCUCUUCUAACAUCCAAAGAGAAAAUAAAAUCCCAUUACCCAAAUUUUAAUAAUCAAUGUUCCCGCAUGUAUUUAGAUUCAUCAGGAAGAUGUUCAACAUUUCAGAAGCUAAAAGAGUAUGUCGAAACUCAUUGGUUCAUGGCAGGAAGUAGCAGCUCCCAAUUCAUAUUUACAGGUUGCUUUCAGAUGACAUGUGCUUCUGGGGUAAUAUGUGUUGUUGUGACUAUCUUACACAUUCUUACCGUAUCAUGGACUUUUGAAGCUAUGUUGGCCAAGGACUAUGAUUCUGAUUAUAGUUGGUCCAUGAUAGUAAUUGUCAUUUUACAACUUAUUGGGGUCAUGAUUGGUACAGUUGCACCACUAUGUAGAUGUUUUGCACCCGUUUUAAGCUUCAAUGUAACUUCAAUUUUCGAUAAUAUCGUUACGCUUCUAGGCUGGAUGGGGAAGUCAUAUUUUUGGAGAUAUCACCUGCUUGAGGCCGUUAUGCAGUCUUUCAAAUGGCUAAUUCUCCGUUUUUGUAUAGUUUUACAUGUGCUAGUUCUGGUGGUGUGCAGCAUAAUAGCCUUAAGCCUGAAUUACUUUCCGUUUUGUGUCAAGAGGUUGUUAAAGACCGUGUUUACUUCAUCUAACAACUUGGACCGAGAUAUACAAAUUGACAUCAGUACUUUAGUUGAGGACUAUUUAUCUGAGUGGCAUGUCAAUCGUAGAAUGUAUGACCGCCUUAAAAAACUCGUGAAGCAGUUCUUCCAAAAAGGUAAAAGAAAUCAACCCUACAUUGAACUACUGAAAAAGUCUACUCCUGGUUUUCAUGAAGUUGGAAGGUUAGAGCGUACUAAAAGGUAUUCUAACCUUUCAAAAUAUGACACUUAUUGGAGCUUGCAGGUGGUAACCCUAGCAACAAUUGCUUGUUCUCUUCCUGAAAUUGGAAAGAAUGAAGUUGAUUGUCUGUUGAGAAGUGUGAGGGAAUGUUUACCAUAUGUCAUGCUUGUGGACGAAUCCUUCAGUAAUACUUCUCACCAUAUUCAAAAGAUGGUUAAAGUCUUGUGGAAAGGUGUUGAUGUCUCCAAAAAGUGGUUAGAAAACAAGCUACUGGAUUAUCCUUCUCAAUUGAUUCCAGCUCAACAGGUUGUUGAAUGGUUCAAGGAUACAGCUAGAAACACAAGUUGGGAGACCAGCAAUAUUACUGCAACAGUUAGAGAUGAGGAUGAAAGGGAACUUUGUAUCGUUGUAAUGCGCUAUUUAUCUGAAGGUAUCCUUAAUCCCAAUGCUUGGGACGGUGACAACGUGUUCGCUAGUCAGCAGAAAUUAUUUGACAGCUUAUCAUCAAUUAUUGCGGACACAAUAGCUGCUUGUCUCACCAACUUACAGCAAGUUAUAAUAAAAAAAUGCAAUCCUAGUGUGGCAGAGGAAAGGGAGGACAGUGUCAAAGGUGCAGCCUUACUUCUAGGUGAGACGGAACAAUUAAUCAAAAUACUUCAACAAAGCGAUCUUCCAAACAUCAACCGAAGUGACAUGCCAUUUUUCAACAAAUGGGUUGCUUAUUACAAGAGUAGUGAUGUUCCUUAA